AUGAACGCACCACCACAACAGCAACAAGGUCCACCGGCACCCACAGCCGAGCAACUCGCCAUCACCGACGCUGACUUCCAGCAAGUACCUCUGGCACUCGAUCCUUCCUCGCACACGCUCUCCACACCCGUCGCCUCGCUUGACCUGACCGUCCUCAACGCCCUAAUCCGCUCUCUUCAAGGUCUUCCCCCUAACGUCGCCUUCCCACCUCCACCCAACGCCAUCCCCCCGCAACGCAGCAUGGCCAUCAACCAAGCCAAAGAACAAGGCAACACCGCCUACCGCAACAAGGACUGGGCGGAAGCGGUCAAGAUGUACACGCUCGCCAUCGACGUUGCUGCCUCGCGUCCUCUGUGGGAGGCCAACCAAGUCGCCAGGGACGAGUUGAGCCUCUGCCUCGCCAACAGAUCCGCAGCAUUUGCGAGUUGCGAGGACUGGAUCGGUGCACUGUGCGAUGCAGAGGCGGUGACCAAGUUGAAGAAACCCUGGGCAAAAGGUCACUACAGGAAAGGGAAGGCGUUGGUCGGGUUGAAGAGGUGGAGAGAGGCCAGGGAGGCAUUCGAGUUGGGCUUGCAGUUCGAUCCGGAGAAUGCGGAUUUGAAGAGUGCGGUCGGUGAGCUGCCGAAGGAUAAGAAUCAGCUGUGA